AUGCCAUUGAAUAUACAGAGAAACGAAAAUCUAACUUGCAACAUUUCCAAAAAUUCGGCAAUGGCAAAGAUUUUGCAGCAAUGUAAACUAAUAGUGUGGGACGAAUGUACAAUGGCACAUAAAAAAUCUUUAGAGGCUUUAGACAAAACCUUAAAAAAUCUACGGAACAACCAAAACAAAUUUGGUGGCGCAAUAAUUUUAUUACCAAGUGAUUUUCACCAAACAUUGCCAGGAGUUUCACAUUCAACGCUAGCUGAUGAACUGAAUGCAUGUUUAAAGUCCUCCAAUUCUGGAAACAUCUCGAGAUAUUACAUUUAA